CGUUGAGGGAAAAUAAGGCUCGGCUUCGCGUCCUCUCCCCGCUCUCGCGACGAUUUCCUUCUCUCCCUCCAUUUUGUCCCCCUCUCCUCUCCUUGCCUCGUUAGGGUUUCGACGCUCCAGCUCUUCCCCAAUUCCGCGUAUCCGAUUCGCGCGAUCUCCACCCCCAUGGUCUCCGGCAUCGCCCACCGCACGGAUGAGGACGGCGGCCGUGGCGCCUCGAGCUUCCCGCGCCCGCCGCAGCCGUCCGCCGCUCGGACGCCCCUGGGCACGCCGCCGCCCUCCAGCGGCGCGCACUCCGCCUCUACCAGCGGCGGGAGCGCCGGCUCCCCGUCCGGCCGCAGCGAGCAGCACGGCCCCGCCGCCACCGGCACGGGGCCGACCCCCGAAGCGGCGGCGGCGACGGCAUCCACGCCCGCCAGCGAGGGCACCUUCCUUCGUCUCAACAACCUCGACAUCAACGGCGACGACGCGCCUUCAUCGCAGGCUCCCGUGAGCAGCAAGAAGAAAAAGAGAAGAGCAUCAGCAGUUGGUCCUGAUAAAGGUGGUCGGGGAUUGCGACAGUUCAGUAUGAAAGUUUGCGAGAAAGUUGAAAGUAAAGGGAGAACAACAUACAAUGAAGUGGCAGAUGAACUUGUUGCGGAGUUUGCGGAUCCCAAUAAUAACAUGGAAUCUCCAGAUCCUGAUAAUCCCAAUGCACAACAAUAUGAUGAGAAAAACAUACGAAGAAGGGUUUAUGAUGCAUUGAAUGUUCUGAUGGCUAUGGACAUUAUAUCCAAAGAUAAGAAGGAAAUACAGUGGAAGGGCUUGCCUCGGACUAGUAUAAAUGAUAUUGAAGAACUGCAGACAGAGCUCGUGGGGCUGAAAGGUAGGAUUGAGAAGAAAAGUGCUUAUUUGCAGGAGCUACAAGACCAAUAUCUAGGUAUGCAAAACUUAAUACACCGAAAUGAAGGGAUGUAUGGUUCAGGAAACAUUCCUUCUGGCGGAGUGGCCUUGCCAUUUAUCCUGAUCCAGACACGGCCUCAUGCAACUGUUGAAGUUGAGAUCUCAGAAGAUAUGCAACUGGUGCAUUUUGACUUUAAUACCACUCCAUUUGAGUUGCAUGAUGACUCGUAUGUGCUAAAAGCAAUGAACUCCUGUGGGAAAGAACAGAAUGAUGGCACUCCUGACCCAAGAUUAAAUGGAUGCGAGGACUCAAGCAUGGCAAAUAUUUAUUGGGAUCAGUUACAACAAUCUGCAAUGGCGAAUAAUGGUACAGCUAGAUUUCCAAGCUCACCCCCUGUUCCAGGAAUACUGAAAGGGCGCGUGAAGCACGAGCACUAGUGUUAGGGCGUUUGUUUAUCGCCAUUGUUGUUUGUUUGGUUUACCGUUACCGUUUUCCCUUUUGAUGUAAAGAGCCUGUAAGUUAUUGGGCAAAGGGGGAAAAGUAGCUUGAUCUGAUUUAGCUCUGCACUAGAUUAGUAGUCUGAGGGUUGACCUUGAUCCGUAAUACUCCCUGAGUUGCUCCUACUCCCUGAGUUGCUCCUAACCGGCUUUAAAUCCAUUCCUUCUCAUUGUUGAGAAAAACGUAUCGCUGUCAUGUAAUUGUGCAGAGCAUAUAGUAAAAUAGUGGUUAUUUAUUUUUUGAUA